AUGCUGAAAAUAUGGUCUAUGAAACAGCAACAGCAGAAGGAUGAGCAGGCGCAAGGCCCGGCACAAAAGAAGAAGAAGGUGACGGCGGCUCAGCUACGUGUGCAGAAAGAUCUUGGAGAACUCGCACUUGGGAGCACAAUGAAGACCAGCUUUCCCAACCCUGACGAUAUCCUCAACUUUACCCUCACAAUCGAGCCGGACGAAGGCAUGUACAAGGGUGGCAGCUUUGUCUUCACAUUUGUCAUGAACAACAACUACCCGCACGACCCUCCCAAAGUCAAGUGCACGCAAAAGAUCUACCACCCGAACAUCGAUCUCGAAGGCAACGUCUGUCUCAACAUUCUAAGAGAAGACUGGAAGCCUGUAUUGAACCUGAACGCCGUUAUCGUGGGCAUGCAAUUCCUGUUCCUCGAGCCCAACGCAUCAGAUCCUCUGAACAAGGAAGCCGCCGAAGACCUGCGGACAAACCGUGAAGGCUUCAGGCGGAACGCCCGUACCGCCAUGGGUGGUGGCUCGGUCAAAGGCGUCUCUUUCGACCGCGUAUUGAAGAAGGACUCAUAG